CGCGCUGCGCAGAACAAGUGCGCGCCAAGCCAAGAUAGACCGCGCGCAAACGUAACUUUUGCCGUGCACGAAUCGAAACUCGAAAAACAAAUAAAAAUACUGAAAAAAAUUAGUGGUGUUGUAAAAUAAUGAAAUAAAAGACGUGUGUUUUGUUAGUGAUAUUUGUGUGUGUUUGCAAUUUACUGAAGGAUUAUUGAACGCAGUAGACCAAUCAGGGCAAGAUGGCGACGAAAUCGUACAGUAAACAUAAGGAGUACAAAGAGUACUCCAGCAGCGGUAACAUUCCCUACACCGACGAACAGUUUGACAUGCUGAAGUCGGACCUGAUCCCAAAAGGCAGCAAGCUGGACUCCUUCGGAAAUGGCGGAGGCGCUCGCGAGUACCACUACGAGUAUAAGGAGGAGAAGCAUCCCUCUGGCAAGUACGACAGGAAGGAUCUUCACACUGUCGAGCAAUACACAAUCCCGCCGAAAACGGUGCCCAAGGCGUCGGAAAGCAGCUCGUACUACUAUGAGAGGGAAGAACGCGAGCUACCUGCCAUCACCACCGGCACCCGCACCUACAACUAUGAGAACAGCGCCAGCUCCACUCCUGGUUAUUCCAAGGUGAAGAGCUCGAAGGUGACAAAGGAGCUGUCUCAGAACGUGGAUGAGCUGGACUCGCUGCUGGAUGAUCUGCAGAAGGACCAGGAAAGGCAGCUUUAUAAGAGUGGAUACACCUCAGACACCGCUGAAAGCACGUCUUUUGACUACAAACGCGGAACCCCCGCUAAAGCCCCAUCAAGUGGGUACUCUACCCUCAAACGCGAGGAGCGCCUGGAGAGCUCCUCGUGGGCGCCCAGCCCUCCGCCCGUGGCCAGGACCGCUGAGUUACGCCAGGAGGUCUACAGAGAGGAGAAGACAGAGUCCCGCGUGGUGCCGUCGCAGGUGUCGCCGGCGCUGCCGCUGGCCGUGCCGCAGCCCGUCUGCUCGCAUUGCCAUCACUCCACCGGCACCCUGUCCCGGUCCAGUACCCCCAUGAACAAGGUGACCACAACGGUCAAAACCUACACGUACGAGGUGCCGUGCGACCAGGACCCGGCGUCCGUGCCGCUGCCGCCGGUGGCUGACCACCAGCACACUUACGUGUCUUCAGCUGAUCAGCAGCGCUAUGUUACCUCCAGCACGAGCACGCUGAAGCCGGCCCCGUCGCCGGCGCCGGGCGGCUGCCAGUACUGCUCGCACUGCAACCGGCACGUGCGGGAGUUCCGCCAGGUCACCAGCAACGAUGAGCACACGAGCGAGCGCAUGGUGUACCCGGCGCCGGCCAACGAGACCACCGUGCUGCCCUCAGGCCCUUCCGAGCCGCGCAAUGGACACGGCCCCUACGGUCCAUCCUCCUACAAGUACUCGGAGACGUCGUACUCGUCUCACAACACGACGCAGCGCUUCCCCGCUUCCCCGCCACUCCCCGCUACGACCCACCUAAGCCCCGCGCCCUCGCCCGCGCCCUUCCCGCGCCCCGCGACCCCCUCGGCUGGCACACAGCAGCCGCCUAAGAAGCUGGAUGAUCUGCUGGCUGAUUUCCCGGAGGCUCGUUUCCCGACCCAGCCAGACGGCAUCACCCGACGUAAGGUCGAGGUCACCCACGAGAGGUCCACCGCCCGGGACGUUGGCGCGCCCGGGGCCAAACCGGCGCCCCCUGUCGGGUCCAGCCGCAACGUGACCGGCCCGGCGGUGUACUACCCGCCCGGACACACGCCGUUUGCGAAGAAGGACACGCCUGUGUCGGCUGGCUAUCAGAGCAGCGCGAUGCAAGGCGGCGGCGCGUACGCAUCAGGACGCGGCAUGUACGAAUAUGAAUCCGGGGCUCGCAGCAAGGAAAAGCACUCUGAAACCAAGACAGCCGUGCCAGUCUGCCUGCCUCUCUGCUGUGCUAUGCCCUGCGUUAUUAUGUAAAACCCACGCUAAAACACCUUGUUUUACGUCAAAUAAGACACGCUACCGCGGUCUAAUGGACAGACAGCGCCAUCUGUUGGCGACAUAGUUGUAAUUUUUAGUUAUUUAUAUUCUGUGGAUCAGUUUUUACAAGUUUUGUAUAAAUAUACGGUGACAAUCGACGUCAUGCUAGAAUUGUAUUGAAAUCUAAUGACCUAUAAAAAAUCAUUGAUAUUAUUAGAUCUUUUACCUAUUUGAUAUUAAAAUUGUUUACACCCUGUGUUUCGAGCUCAGACUUUCGAAUAUUAUGUUGGAAUAAGGGUCUUUUCAAUGACUAAUUAUUAUUGAAAUUACGGUUUUAACGUUUAUUUAAAGUGACAGGUUUACAGACUGUAUGCAACGAGAUCAAAUUGUCGAGUGUUAGAAACGUUCGAUUUAAGUUGACAGGAGGGCGGAGCGGAGCGAAGUUAUAGUUCCAAAAUACUGGACUGUCCUGUCGAUGACAUUGACAGUGGGGCGCCACCGUCAAUACCGGAUCGCUGGUUCAGAUUUUUGCCAUGUUGGAAACCAUAUAGUUGAACGAUGGUAGCGCCCCCCUGUCAUUGAGUUUGGUGGGACAGUUCAGCGUGGGUCAUCUAUAGCUGCGAUCUUCACUCUGGUUCAGCGCCUUUGACGUCAUGAGUUGUUUUCUUGCGCCCAUAGAUGGCGCUAACACCCUGUAUACAAAUAUUCCCAAAAGGUGCCAUAUUGCAGAUAAGUCUCAUGACUUCUAUAAGAAAAGUUAUAUGAGAACUUGCAGAACCAAGGGUGUUAGUAAAGUUCAAAAUUAGUUUUCACCCCUUAUGCUAAAUUAUAUUUUUGAAACCCUUCCAGUCCCAUGGUGCCUUGUCUUAGAAGAUAAAUAAACCAAACCUGUAUUUAUUACUUUUCUUUUACCAAAAUAAGUUUUUUUACUUUAGAUCCUAAUGUAUAAUUUGUAUAAUUGGUUAAUUUUGGAUAUUCAAAAUAGUAUAACAUUAUAUUGUGAAGCUUAACUGUGUAUAAUCUCUAACGAAUCUCAACGAAUGUUGUACCUUUUUGAUUUGUUUUGAGUAUAUGUUACGGUCAAACUGAUAAAUGUGAAAAUUAUGAAUAAUCGCCGGUUAUUAUGAAUAAUUACCGCAUGAUUUGGUAAAUGUGAUUAAUAUGAGAUCAUUUAUGUGUGUAUAAAACUAAAUAGGCGGCUUAGUGGUGGCCCAAGGGCCACCCCCGCCGCACCUUAACCUAUUUUUCACUUUAAAUCAAAACAAUUUGUUAUAGGCAUUAUGGCAAAGUAUAAAUGUUACGCAAGAAACAGUCCAAACUCAUUAUGCCAAAUUAUAUUAAUAUAUGAUAUCAAAACGUUCAAAAUGUGAGACUGUACAUGAGCGCUGUACACGAGUCGGUGUUCUCUUUUAUGAUAUUUGUUAGUAUUAAGGUUACAUUAAGAAAUAAUCAUUGAUAAAUGUGAUUAAUUUAUCACUUUUACCAAGCCUGUCGGUAAUUAUUCAUAAUAACCGGCGAUUAUUCAUAAUUUUCACAUUUAUCACUUUGACCGUAACAUAUACAUAUAUUUUUAAAUCCGACAAAUAAACUAACAAAGUGCCAUUAAUGAUAUUAUAAGUGAGCGGGACAUUGCCUUGUGUAUAAAGUAAUUUUAUUAUUAUUAAUAAAAAUAUUAACUGAA